CGAUAGAGCUGAGCUUAAAGUCCGCGCAAACCUUUACAAAACGCGAAGAUGUCUACCAACGAUAAGUACCAGAGUCCCUUGACCUCCCGCUAUGCCUCCAAGGAGAUGUCCGAGUUGUUCUCGAACGCGACUCGUUUCGGUACUUGGCGUAAGCUCUGGCUUAACCUUGCCACUGCUGAGAAGCAGUUGGGUUUGAGCCAGAUCACCGAUGAAGCCCUCGAGCAGAUGAAGGCCAACUUGGUGUUGAACGAGGAGGACUUCAAGGUUGCUGCUGCUGAGGAGAAGCGUGUUCGUCACGAUGUCAUGGCCCACGUUCACGCCUUCGGAAAGAACGCCCCCGCCGCCGCCGGUAUCAUUCACCUCGGUGCCACCUCUUGCUACGUUACCGACAACGCCGACCUUAUCUUCCUCCGUGACGGUUGCGACAUUUUGAUCGAAAAGCUCGUCAACGUCAUUGACCGUCUUUCCAAGUUCGCCCUCGAGCAGAAGGACGUCCCCACUCUUGGAUGGACUCACUUCCAGCCCGCUCAGCUCACCACCGUUGGUAAGCGUGCUACCUUGUGGUUGCAGGAGCUCCUCUGGGACUUGCGUAACAUCGCCCGUGCCCGUGACGACCUUGGUUUCCGUGGUGUCAAGGGUACCACCGGUACCCAGGCCUCUUUCUUGGCCCUCUUCGACGGUGACCACGACAAGGUCGAGGAGCUCGACCAACUCGUCACCGAGCUCUCCGGCUUCAAGCACGCCUACCCUGUCACCGGUCAGACCUACUCCCGCAAGAUCGACAUCGACGUCGUCGCUCCCCUCGCUUCCCUCGGUGCCACCGCCCACAAGAUCGCUACUGACAUCCGUCUCCUUGCUAACUUGAAGGAGGUCGAGGAGCCCUUUGAGAAGGACCAGAUUGGUUCCUCCGCUAUGGCUUACAAGCGUAACCCCAUGCGUUCCGAGCGUGUCUGCUCCCUCGCCCGUCACUUGAUGACCCUCGUCAACAACACCACCAUGACCGCCUCCGUCCAGUGGUUCGAGCGUACCCUCGAUGACUCCGCUAACCGUCGUGUCACCAUCCCCGAGGCUUUCCUUACUGCCGACAUUAUCCUCUCUACCCUCCUGAACAUCACCUCCGGUAUGGUCGUAUACCCUGCUAUCGUCGCGAAGCACGUCGCCGCCGAGCUCCCCUUCAUGGCCACCGAGAACAUCAUCAUGGCUAUGGUCCGUCACGGAGGUGACCGUCAGGUCUGCCACGAGAAGAUCCGUGUCCUCUCCCAUCAGGCCGCCGCUGUCGUCAAGCAGGAGGGAGGUGACAACGACCUCAUCGAGCGUGUUAAGAACGACGAGUACUUUGCCCCGAUUCACGCCGAGCUCGACACAUUGUUGGAUGCCCGUACUUUCGUCGGUCGUGCGCCCGAGCAGGCCCAGAAGUUUGUUGAGAAGGAUGUUGCGAACGCCUUGGCUCCUUACAAGGCCUUGAUCACCUCGGAGAAUACUGAGUUGUCUGUGUAA